AUGCAGAACGCACAGCAGCAGAAAGACGCCUGAGGACAACUUCUAUCCAAACUAUAAUUUAAACCCUCAAGUCAAUAUGCAUCCUAACUUGGGUACCUGGCUGGGCGCAGUGACGCUCCUCGUCUGGACCUUCAUAUGCAUCGGGACCCUUGCGGAAGGCUACCCGGUCAAACCCGAAAAUCCCGGCGAAGAUGCGCCCACGGAGGAACUGGCCAAGUAUUACUCCGCUCUCAGACAUUACAUCAACCUCAUCACAAGGCAGAGGUAUGGGAAGAGGUCCAGCCCUGACACACUGGACACACUGAUCUCAGAAUUGCUGCUGAAGGAGAGCACAGACACGCUCCCACAGUCCAGAUAUGAUGAACCCUCGUUGUGGUAAUAGUGUCUGUCCCGGCCCAACACCCGGGCUCAUCGUCGUGGCGACGAGCAACUGAUCUCACCAACAUGGCCGCCUCACCAUGGCCGAUGUCCCAUCCUAACAACCCCAAUGGGUUUCAUGAGUAUGCAUCCCCCUCUCUCCCCAUCCUCCAUCCAGAGGCCAGAUAACUGUUCAGGGUCUUAUGAAAGUCGUUAUCUGUGCAUUGUUAUUCUAAAUCAGGGGAGAGAAUUAUUGAUUGUAUGUUCAAAACUGUGCUAUUAAAUAUGAAUUAUAUAACGGA